UUCAGUCCAGAUUUAAACUUGAACGUUCGUGUUUUGAUGUUUGUGGGUUUUAAACGUCACAUGAAGAGUUUGAACUAGUUUGAAGGUGUCAGCAGGUUUAUUUUACAUUUUACAUCUGUGGAAGUUUCUCAUCAAAACACCAACAACAGACUGUUGCUGAAAUGCAGAAUCAAAGAGACGAGGCCGCGGACGAUUCCCCCGCAGACCUCCCCUGUCUGGAAAAACUUGACUCUCCUACGGGGAGCCCACCCACCGCCUCAUUAUCCAGUCUGAUGGAGCUGGAAAAUUGUGUCUCCAACCUGAGCCUCGCACACGAGAUAGUGGUGAACAGAGACUUCUGCUUCAAACCCCAGAGCCCUCCUACAGACAGCCUGGAGGGCAGAGUGACGGACAUUGUUCACCGGGCGUUUUGGGACUGUCUUCAAGAGGAGCUGAGCAGCCGUCCGCCAAACUACGAUCACGCUGUCGUUCUGCUCCAGGAAGUCAAGACAAUGCUUCAGUCCCUGCUGCUGCCGGCUCACGUCAGACUGAGGUCUCAGAUGGACGAGGUACUGGACAUGGAGCUGAUCCAGCAGGAAGUCAAUCACGGAGCUCUGGAUCUCCACAGACUGGCAGGAUACGUCAUCAACACCAUGGCUUCUUUAUGUGCACCGGUCCGCGACCCCGAGGUCAGAGCACUGAGGGAGCUCAAGGAUCCCGUGGAGCUCCUGAGGGGGAUCUUCCGAGUCUUGGGCCUGAUGAAGACGGACAUGGUCAACUUCACCAUCCAGAGCCUGAGGCCUCACCUCCUGCAGCAGGCUGUGCAGUACGAGCGAGCCAAAUUCCAGCAGAUCCUGGACAAGCAGCCAGCUUCUCUGGACAACACGGCGGCUUGGCUUCAGGCAGCAGCGUCAGAAGAGGCGUCGGCCGUCAGAGCUCGGUCUGACUCUUCCGGUCCUGACAGCCCGGUUCAUCUCAGCGCCACCGCCGUCCUCAACCGGGCCUACAUGUGUCUGCUACACUGGGACCCGCGGGACCAGAAAUAUCCCGAGACCGCGCUGAUGGACCGAGCCCGCCUGGACGCUCUGGGCCAGCAGCUCCAGAUGCUGAUCCUGGAGGCAUCUGUGCUGCUGCUGACCAACGCUCAGUGUGGGGGCGCCGUUUUCUCUUUGCGGGGGUUUGUAGGUAAACUCAGGCAGUCCGUCGCUGCCCUGCUGGAGGGCAGUCACACCAGGGAAGCUGACCUGAAGGGUGCGCUGCUGGGGCUUGGGGAGACGGUGCUGCAGCAGGUGACAGAUGCGUUGAGCGGCCAGGGAGGAGGAGCAGAAGCGUUGCCUCGGGAGAGCCUGGAUCUGCUGAAGGGACAAAUAUCUGAGCUGUGGAAGCACAACAACCCUGUCCGCACACUCAUAGGAGAAAGGGUACAGGUCUUCCUCCAGGCCAUGCUGCAGGGCGGCCCAGGUAAAAGGAGUCCAGAGCCGCCCGCUCCCCUCAGGCUGGUGAGUGCUGAGCUGGCCGAGCUGGGAACCGCCUUUGGGCGAAUCGUCCACUUCAACCGAACCGUCUUUGGUCCCUUCUAUGCUCCAAUUCUCAGGAAACUGCUGUUCCCACCUGGAGACGCCGAGACCGCGGAGGACUCACGCUAGCCUGCUGGCGACCCAGACAACCGCCGUCGAACUUAAAAGAUACAUCACCUGCCAUUUGGUGUUGAAUGGGUGUAAAUACGGGGAAUGACACUUUCUAAGGGAAAGACAUUUACAGUCUGCAGGGGAAAGAAUCAUAUAUUUUUAUAAGUACAAAUCAAAAAGUCUCUAUCAAAGCCUGGAGCAGGUGCUGGAUCAUUAUUCCUGUAUUUCAUCUUCAUCACACAUUUGACUGCACAAAACAUUAUGAAAAAAAAUAAGAUUGUGUGAAACAAAAUGAGCAGAAGUUUUCACCCGGACAAGAGUUACAAAUAGUUUGUGAAGUUUUAAUGAGAAAACUAAGUGUGAGUCACAACAGGAGAUUUAUGGUGACUCAGAGCUGUUUUUUGAAAAGAUUAGUUGUCUGGAAAACAAAUGUGCUGCCAUUCAACUCAGAUGACUUAAUGUCGUGAUUUCCACCCUCAGGAAAAAGUAAAGUACCAAAGAUUAUGCUCAGAGUUUGUAAAUAAUGUUUUAGUUUUUAAAGUGUAGCUGGUUUCUCUUCUUCUCUUUAUGUUGACAGAUAUUUUAUAUAUUAACUCACCAAAGACAGUGUGCACUUUUUUCAUCUUUUGCUGAUAAACCAAAAACUAUCAAUGUUUCCCCUUCAAUUGUUGGUAUUAGUGGGGGGUGGUGUAUGAAACAGGUGCUUAAUUAUAAUUUUAGAGGCCAAAUUAUCAUGACAUUGCACGAACAAACACAUCCAGGCAAGAGAAACGAAUCUGCGUUGCAGAAAUUUGAAAUAUUUCCAUCGUUUUUUUUUUUUCCAUCUGAAUCUCUGACUGCUAGUUUUGGGUAAAUUAAAAUUGUCGUCUUCUUUAGUCUGUGGUCUGACAGGUAAAUUAGGUGUCCAACCUAAUUUCUGUAUAUCUUAUCUGUACAGUAGCUGGUAAAGGAACUGUGCUCGCACUGCAGCACCAUGCAAGAUUUAAUGUACUGUUCCUUCACUUCCAGGAAGCCAUUGGUUUGCAUUCAUUUCCAGUAUGAGAACAACGCAUCAGACUCAUGCUUGUGUUGUAUAAUCCCUCACUAAAUGCGUUCACUACUAAGUCUCAUGCCUCAGCAGCCAUUUUGGCAACGUCGACAGUGAUUUUAUGUUAAUAAGAUCAGGCUCCAAUUAAAUCGAUCGAACGAAAACCAUAACUUCACUUUUUACGACGUUUAAAAAAAAAAAAACAUGUAUAGAAUCAUCAGUCACGUAGGGUAAAAUAAACUCUUGAAAAACGUGCAGCUUGAAACGUCUCAACGUUGUUAGCUCAUCCCAGCAGAGCGCUUGAACAAAUGCAGCCGUAAUAUCUAAUGUUUGAACAACCUCACCUUUCUCGUUAAGCCUGAGUAUUAGUUUAAUAUCCUCCUACUGCAUGCCUACUUAGAAGUCCGUCCGUAGCGGCACUAAAUCACUUAAAAAUGCUGUGAAUCUCAACUGUGAACUUAUAUCAGUGCGACCACAUCAGCUUUUGGAAGGAAGGGGUGGGAUAUGUGCCAGAGAAGAGGGUUGAGUCAUCUCAGUUUUACUCCAACACAUCUUUGUUUUUUUUUUCUGCACAGCAGUGGCUCAUCGCGCAGCCUCUCGAGAGUCCCCAGAAGGUAGAUGCAAAUACUAGCAGCCCAGCAGAGUUGCAGCAGAAUAGAUGCCAUUUUAAAAUGUCAGACCAGAAAAUAAUCAAGUUGUUUAUUAUUAUCACAUCUGAAUCAAAUCAAACUUUCCUAGACUAUCCGUGUCACACUAUCUCUGGCGUUACGGAUUUCAAUUUGCUUAAAGUGGUCUGCCUCCUAUUUUUUUAAACAUCUCUGGCAUUACAUAACCGAAGUGUGGGAAAGCACUUAAACCACAGAUUGAUAAGAACAGUCUGCGCUGCAUCACUUCAGGGUAAAGGGUAACUUUCACAGACGAGAAAGUCACCAAUUAUGCAAUAUAGCCGAGUCAAGGUUACCCUCCUCAAGUAUGAGUCCACAAGCAUUUUUUUUUACAUAACCCUGGGAGUAAAUACACCAAUGGAUGCCUGGAAUGUGCCAAAACAUUUGAACAAAUCCAAACUGUGUGGUAUAGUUUGAAUAAUGCUUCAAAUAACGGCUUAAAACGUGCUAAAUCCCUGAUAGAGGUUCUUUAACCAUUAAUAUUGGCCGAUUCUGCUGCGGCCCUGAAAAUAACAGAUGAUAAAAACCUGCUUGAGUCACAGAGCUAAGCGAGAUAAAUUCUUGGCAAUCUUUUGGAAACCCAUACGAUCUUUUACACUUCCUUCCUGCUGUUUUGAAGCUACUUCCAGAAUCAUAAAAGAUCCUCAAACCGUAUGAAUAAAACAUCCCAUCUGCUGCAACAUUACAAAGAUGUUUAACCCAUUUCCCAAACUGCGACUUGAUUCGCUGACUGAGGUCGCCAGAAAUGUCAAACCCUCUUGCACAUUUAGUUUUAGUGUUAUAAACAAAACAAAUACAUAAAAUCUUUUCUUCGUGUUGCACAGAUCAAGCAAUGAUCCGUGGCAUUUUCUUGUUUGGUUUAGAAGAGGCAUGACUUGGGAAAUUGGGUUUAAAAUCCUUUUUCAUCAUGCAUCAGAAACAGAGGUUUCUUUUAGGAUUCUGGAAAUACUAUCAACGCAGCAACAGUGUUUUCACCAGGCAUAAAAAAUCCGAGGCUCAGCGCUGUGACUGUAGUAUAACACAUGUUCGGCACAAACUGCAGCUAAUCGUUUGUUGAGAUUAGAAGUUGCACCACCCACUAAUCUCUCUCUAGCAGGGGAAACACUGAUAGUAUAAUUGUACAGUAAUUACCAUGUUGUGAUAUUUGUCUCUUUAAACUUUGAGCAGCUGGUGUGGUGCUCCUUUCUGUGUUUUAAUACUCAACCAUAAACACAAAAUCAAUUCUGACAACA